UCCAGCACCCCUCCACACACAAUGCAUGACAUCUGUCAUUUGGAUAGCGACUGGUUUGCCAAUGCACUCGCCAUCUUUCUUAUCAUUGGUCUUGUCGUAUCCUAUAUCCCGCAGCAUUUCCGAAUAAUUCAGAUGGGUUCUUCCGAGGGCUUUAGCCCGUGGUUCUUGUUACUUGGUAGCACGUCUUCUGCCGCGGGAAUGCUUAACGUGAUCGCACUAUCCUGGCCUACUAUUCAGUGCUGUAAUGAUGCGAGCGUGGGGAGAUGCCUAGAAAUUACUGCUGGAGUAACACAAGUGACCUUGCAGUGGGUUUUAUUCACGCUUAUCCUGGUUUUGUACAUGAUCUACUAUCCCACCCGGUUGAAAUUCGUUGAUAUUGACAUCCCUGCGCACGGCACUCUCCCUCCUCAACAUGUCAAGACAAAGCUUUUGAGUGAUGAUUGGCGUCUUUCUGUAGGCGUCUCGUGGGCUGUCACCAUCCAUCUUGUCCUGUUUACCAUCGUCACAUUUUUCCUUCUGUUCACGCGCAUCCCAGGGCCUGACGGAGAGGUUCCACGUCAAAUUUCCUUGUGGGCGACCUUUCUCGGCGUCAGCUCUGCAUUACUCGCAGCAAUUCAAUAUGCGCCACAGCUGUCGCGGACUUAUCGUUUGAAGCUUGUCGGUUGGGCGAUGUUCGCUGUGUCCGGCAUCAUGCAAACCGCCUUACUGGUUAUGUGCAUUGCAUGGAAGUUCCGUCAGCGUAGGCUCAGGAUUGAUGACUUUGGUUACUCACUGGAUAGCGCCUCGUCCACUCCAUUGACAGACGAUAUUGACACCGUCGUUGGCGAAGUUUCAGAUCCCCAAGUUGGCGACAUUUCUUUCGCCAACAAUGCGGAAGACGCCCGUGAAGAUGCGCCGCUUCUGGCGAAACCAAGACGUUCGGGCAGGAGUUCCAAGUUCUUUGGCUGGCUGAGGUUAUAAGUAGAUAUCGGGUUUGGGGACUUUUUGUUGUUUCUCGUUAAUACAUAGAACCUGAGCUCUGGGCAACUAUAGUAUACCCGUUGGACCUACCUGAAGACUUAGUAUCGUAAUGACAUUGACAUUGCCUUGACACUA